GUACAAAUUAAUUGUCAUCAGUCAUGUGAAAUAAUCAGGCAGAUGCCAAAAUACAUCAUUUAUAUUCUAACAGAAAGGAAAAGCAACUUAUUGAAGAAUGUAUUAUUGAAGAUCAGAUGCAGUCUUAGUUGGGAAUGUACCAGUAAUCACAGUUUUCAAGACAAACUUGAGUAAACAUCAGGGGCGUAACGACUCAUCCACUGCAUCGAUGAAUCGAUUUAUUUUCCUAUGAUCUAACUACAACGAUCUUUGCUCGGCAAGUUGGCCUUCCAGACAAUAUUCAUCGAUCUAAUAUCAUUUUAAAAGGUAAUCAAUCGACUGUAUCGAUACUAGGAGGUAACGCAUUGGAUUAAGUGCGUCAGACUUUAUAUUGAUGUGUGUUUCUUAGCACUUUUAAUAAUAAAGGCGUUAAACAUUACCCGAUUCAGUCUGCCUGUCUGUGACGUCAUCGUCACGCGCAAAUCAAAACAUAGCAUGAUGGCGGAGGAGAAGCCUGUGAGCGGGAAAUUUUCAAACCAGCAUCACGGUCCAGUGUGUGGAAACAAUUUGAAUUUUGCAAAGACGGAGAUGUCCUAAAUAAGUCACCUCCCUCCUAAUGGCGGCCCGCCACUCCUAAAUGAAUGUAGAGGAAACACUGAUCAAUGAAGCAGAUCAACCAAGAAGAGGAACAACAAGAGAAAUGUCAAAAUGUCAAAGAGCAGCUGGAAACCAACAACACAGAGAACAGCAGCAGCUCAGUCACUCUGGAGACGUCAGGAGACGUCACUGUGGUGGUUAAUGACAACUACAAGUUUAUCUGUCUGAGAAACGAGUCUGAUCAGGACAAACCACUGGGAGGACGUCAGUUAAAAGUCCAGAUCAACAAUAGUGAACCCAUCACAUACACAUUUGAUCCAUCAGUGGAACUCAAGGCUGGAAAGUCUGUUACUUUAUACGGUCCAGGCUAUGACGAGAGUUUUACUAUCUCUGCUGACCUGGUGUGGAAGGACCUGAAGUCCUGGAAGUCUGGAGACAGAGUCCAGGUCUCUCUGCAGUGAAAUAGUUCCCAGUUGAACUCCCUCAAUAAAGUUCAGUAAUCCAGCAAACAGCAACAUUAUAGAUGAUA